AUAUAUAGAGCGGAUAGGGCUUCUCCAGAUAUGUUUGACUAGGAAUGGGCGUUGUCCAUUCAGUCGAAUAGCAGGGUUUGUGGCGAGACACGCCCCGUGAGCUCCACAGCCGUUUCUCCACCGACCUUGCCUCGUUCCAGGCCCCGCCCCUUCGAGCGCUGCCUCCUCCGAUUGGCUCGGCGCUCUGUCACUCACGCUCCAUUUUCCAGCUGUCGCAGCUCCAGGUUUGUGUGCGACUCACACCGGACUAGACGGUGCGAUCAUCUGGAAAUUUUUUUCACUCCGUCGAUCUUUUUUUUUUUUUCUUUUCUUUUCUUUUUUUUUUUUUAAGGAGCCCACACCUGUCAUUUUCUUCCGCCAAAUUUUUCGGCUUUAAAUCUCAUUGAACCCCAAUCGGAUGCAAAGAAAUGAGCGGUGAAAUCAGCGCGUGGAGUGUAAAUAAAGAUUCCGGCUAGCUAGCAGCUUAGCCCACCCAAUUAAGCUAGUUAGUGCCCUUAGCUAAUUAACUUUUCGGGUUUUGGAUGCUCAAAAUCAAAUGUUUGCACUGUAGUCAGUGUUAUAUGUACACGCAGCGUUUCUAAAAGCGCAUAUGGCUGUCUUCUGCCACCUGUCGCCGUGUGUUAGCUAGAGAUCCGGGCAGCUGAUGGACAGUGUUGCGGUGAAUCUGGGCACUGGGGCGGUUAGCUUAGCGAGACAGCAAAGGACAGCACGGAUGUCGUGGCAGGCUAGUUUGUCCCUCCGGGACUCUGGUUGGUAGUCAUUACAGAUUCUAAAAACAGGGCUUGAGCGGGUCUGAUAGUAGGGGAGAUCUUUAGAUUCACAUCUGGCCUCCAAUCUCAUCCAGUCUUUGGCCUUGUUUGAUAGAUCCGUUUGUAUGAGCAGGCUGGGGUCUAUUUUACUGGAUCGAUUUACGUCUACCAUAAGGCAUCCUGUAUUUUUAAACAACAUUCCCCCAGAUCCACCCUGUUCCCCUUUCGACGCGGUAGCAAAGGGAAGCGGGUCGUAGAAGUGUGUCAGAUCAGGGUUGGGAUCUCCAAACGCUGUGGUGAUGACUCUGGAGUCCAUGAUGGCCUGUUGCAUGACUGAAGAGGCGAAGGAGUCCAAAAGAAUCAACGCCGAGAUCGACAAGCAGCUCCGGAGAGACAAACGAGAUGCGAGACGAGAGCUCAAACUCCUCUUACUGGGCACGGGCGAGAGCGGCAAGAGUACGUUCAUCAAACAGAUGCGGAUCAUUCACGGGACAGGCUACACUGAUGAGGACAAGCGCGGCUUCACCAAACUGGUCUACCAGAACAUCUUCACCUCCAUGCAGUCCAUGAUCCGUGCCACCGAGAACCUCAAGAUCCCGUUCAAAUACGAAGACAACAAGAACAACGCUCUGCUGGUGCGAGAGGUCGACGUGGAGAAGGUUUGCUCCUUCGACCAGCCCUAUGUCAGUGCAAUAAAGAUGCUCUGGGCGGAUCCAGGCAUCCAGGAAGCCUACGACCGCAGGCGAGAGUACCAGCUCUCUGACUCCACUAAAUAUUACCUUAGCGAUUUAGAGCGUAUAUCGACUCCGGGAUACGUGCCCAGCCAGCAGGAUGUGCUGAGGGUCCGAGUGCCCACUACUGGCAUCAUAGAGUAUCCCUUUGACCUGGAGAAUAUAAUCUUCAGCUAUCUAAGUGAUUUGGACCGUAUCGCAGACCCGUCGUAUCUGCCGACUCAGCAAGACGUGCUUAGGGUUCGCAUCCCUACCACAGGGAUUAUUGAAUAUCCCUUCGACUUGCAAAGCAUCAUUUUCAGGAUGGUGGAUGUGGGAGGGCAAAGAUCAGAGCGCAGGAAGUGGAUCCAUUGCUUUGAGAACGUCACGUCUAUCAUGUUCCUGGUUGCCUUGAGCGAAUAUGACCAGGUCCUUGUGGAAUCUGACAAUGAGAAUCGCAUGGAGGAAAGCAAAGCGCUGUUUCGCACAAUCAUCACCUACCCCUGGUUCCAGAACUCUUCAGUCAUUCUGUUCCUGAACAAGAAGGACCUUCUGGAGGAGAAGAUCAUGUACUCUCACCUGGUGGACUAUUUCCCUGAAUUUGAUGGUCCGCAGAGGGACGCCCAGGCGGGCCGCGAGUUCAUCCUGAAGAUGUUUGUGGACCUGAACCCAGACAGUGACAAGAUCAUCUACUCGCACUUCACCUGUGCCACAGACACCGAAAACAUCCGCUUCGUCUUCGCGGCGGUCAAGGACACCAUCCUGCAGCACAACCUCAAAGAGUACAACUUAGUGUGAGAGAGAGACGGAACGUGAGCGAGACACCUGCAGCCCCACACAUGGCCGAAAGCACUACACACCUCACACGCAGAAACACAUGCACGUGAACCGUUCGGACACACCUUCACACCCAUUAGGCACUGGAUCUUCUCAUAGUCCUUUUCUUUGCCUGUUCUUUCCUCUCUUCCUGAGUGUCGAACCCUCCAGCUGAUAGCUUUAUCGUCCAAUCUUCCUCAAACACGAAGGCUGGGCUGUUAAACCGGUGCCUAAUGACGAAGAGCAUUCGUUUGCUCUGUAGGUGGGCUCUACCUGAUUGAAACUGAGGUACGAAUUUAAUGGAAACACUCGGUGGAGACGCAACACGUCCGAAACGAAGAGUGGGCGACAUUCUUGAAGGACUUCACCUUGCAUCACUGAAUUUAACCAGGUGUUAGUUGUGCAAUCACAUGCUAUAACACUAGAGGUGGAGGUGAUUUGAUUUAAUAUUAUUUUAGGAGUGAAGUAUAGAGAUUUCCCCAUCACUACUGGAGUACUUGGAGAAGAGAUGGUGCACCAUGUGACUUUUUUUGUAAUAAGUGACCGAUAAAAUGAGUAAUGAAAGCCACCAGUUUUUUAUUUUUUUCCCCAACGUUCAGUUCCCGAAAUUGUUUCUGAAAACACCCAGUUCACUUCUGUAUCCACAAAUUAUCAUUCAGGCGGCAAACUGUUUCCUCCAGUCUGAUGUUUGCCAGUAUUGGGUUUUUAAUCAGUAUAAUUAAAGAGAUCCAACUAAUAUUCAAAGAUAAUUACCGAAAGAUUGUGCUUUGUUUACAUGCUUCGUUACAUCAGUUUUGAAUCUUUGACCGAAGGAAUCAAAUAAACGCCUUUCCUAUGAGAUAUGAAUAUCCAGUGAUGUAAAUGUUCGUAAACUCACUUGGGACUCAGCGCAAAAAUGCUAUAUAUGGUGAAAUCGAUAUAGUUUUUUUAUUUAUGUAAUUUAUGGACCAGAUAUGUAAUUAGUCGGACUUUUCAACC